AUGGAACGACCAGAAUCCUGCAAAGACUUUUUUUACGUCAUACAGGACCGUAACUCCGCAGGAAACCCACUGACAGAAGAUGAAGUGAGACGGUACUUCACUCAGAUCUUGGAAGCUAACAUCACAUGCGAAGAAAAAGGUGUUAUACACCGCGACCUCAAGCCUGAUAAUAUUUUGCUGGAUUUGAAAAAUGAUGAGGUGAAGUUGAUUGACUUUGGGUUGGCAUCUGAGAUACAAGAAGAGCCUUUUGAUAGCUUUAGAGGUACGCAGUACUACAUGCCCCCUGAAUUCAUGAAGACAGGUAAAUAUGACGGAUGCGAGGCUACUGUAUGGGCGAUGGGAAUCCUCUUGGUCGAUAUGCUGUCACCAGUUAUUCCAGCAUUUGAAAAACCACAACAUUGUCUAAGCAUGGAGCCCAGAAUACCUCGACACUUGUCAUCAGAGGUGAAGAACGUUGUUUAUAUGUUGUUGAAUCCCGAAGCAGAUCAGCGACCAACUCUUAAACAAGUUCUCCAGCAUCCCUGGUUCUCAAUGGAAGUCUAA